UGGUAUCCGAACACAGAGACGAACUCUCCGCGGUGUCGGACGGGUCUGUUUUCCAUCGCAGUCCUAGCUGACGCCGCGUGCUCCCUUUUCCCGCCUCCGGAGGACCGGAGCGGAUCUCUGUCAGCAGAUCUUUCACGUCGAAGACGAUAUUCCAUCUAACUCACAUCUCUGCCCGCUUCUCCUACAUCGGUGACUCGAGUUGUAACUAGGAAAUUAUAACUCGAGCAGUUCCACGUAAACUCGUCAUUCGUCGGCAGAGAUAUACUUCUCUUUGUUCUCCGGUACCGCCCGGCUGGCAGGAAGUGACCGGAAGUGGUGACGCUCGGUCCAGAAGAAAUUUACGCACAGCUAAGGAGCUCACAAAACUGAAUGGCACCGUCACUUCUAAGAACUCAUGGUUUAUCUACAUUAUGGCUUCUACUGUUACUGUCAUCUACCGCUCUUGCUUCCUACAGCAUCGGCGUCGGGAGAGCUGACAGCACGGGGGCCGCCCGCAGAUAUUGUCUUUAUGGGAUAUGCUAAACUAGAUCAAAAGGGAAAUGGACUUCAUCUUCGAACAUUUUCCAGAGCUUUCAUAAUCGACGAUGGCCUACAAAGGUUCGCGUUUGUCAGCGUGGAUAGUGCGAUGAUAGGCAAUGAUAUUCGACAGGAGGUACUGCGCAAAUUGAAGACCCGAUUUGGCGAUAUGUACACAGAGAGAAACGUGAUGAUUAGUGGGACGCAUACUCACUCGGCCCCUGGUGGUUUCAUGCUAGACGUACUUUUCGAUUUGACCACAUUGGGCUUUGUAAGGGAGUCAUUUAAUGCUAUCGUCAACGGCAUAACAGAGAGCAUUCAACGUGCCCACGACGGUGUUGGACCAGGAAAUAUCCGUAUUGUUCAAGGAAAGGUUUUGGACGCCAACAUUAAUCGGAGUCCGCAGGCGUAUCUUAACAAUCCGAAGUCGGAAAGAGAUAAGUAUGAACACGAUGUAGACAAAAUACUAACACAGUUACAAUUUAUCGGCGCCGAGAAGCCCUUGGGCGUUAUAAAUUGGUUCGCCGUGCAUCCAACAAGCAUGAACAACACCAACCGCUUGAUCUCCAGCGACAAUGUAGGCUAUGCUUCGAUCCUUUUCGAGAAAAUGAUGAGUAAUAAUGCUCUGGUCGGCAAGGUAAGUCCUCACCAAUAAGUGGCAUUGCUAAAU